UUUUCGUCCGUCUUGCACCUGGCCGGGCACUCUUCCACCGCAAGCAGUUCUAGAUAUUCGCCUCCCUGCCACCUCGCGUCCUUUGGCUUCCUUUCUAGCUUUCGCCUGCGGCACUGCCCCCUGCGUCCCGCUCUCUCCUAGCCGACGCAGGGCUGGAGAGCACAGAUUCCAGUGUGCAGAGCAAGGAAUUUUCAACAUGUGGAUGAAUGAAAGCUUUCAGCUUAUGAAGAAAAGUUGUUGUGGAAGCCACCUACAAAUCCAUUUACCAAAUUUAUGGAGAAACCUUCAAUUGAUGGAAGUCAUUCAGAGAAACUAUGUUCUCAUUUUACAAGUACACCAGAGGACGAACAUUUACCACAGGCUGCCAGUGAAAGUCAUCGCAGCUGUCUAAAGCAGGACAUCCUAAAUGAAAAGACUGAUCUGGAAGCAACAUUUAAGGAAGCUGAGUUGGCAACCUGUUCUGUAGAAUUAUUUUUGCCAUUAUUUAAGGAUACCGUUGAAGAGAUUAGUUUUGAAAAUGCUAAUCUUUUUGCAUCCAAUUUGAAGAAGAUUUCUAAACAGAAGGAAAUAUUAACAAAAGAAUUAGACACUUUUAAACGUGUAAAACAAGCUUUGGAACAUCUUAGAAAGACAGAAUACCAACAAGUAGGGGACAGUUUAUCCAGCAUGUUAGAGAAGCUAACUGAUAAUGAAAGUGAAAAUACUAAUCUUAAGAAGAAGGUACUUGAAAAGGAGACCUAUAUUCAAGAACUUUCUUGUUUGUUUCAGAAUGAAAAGGCAAAUGCUUUGAAAGCAGACCGUUUUUCACAAUCAGUAAAAGUAGUACAUGAACGACUACAGUUCCAAAUUCAUAAAAAGGAGGCAGAGAAUGAUAAAUUAAAAGAAUACAUAAAGAGCUUGGAAACCAAGAUAACUGAAUGGAACUUACAACUGAGAAAGAACAAGCAUGAAGCUGUGGCAAUGAAAGAAUCAAGCAAACAAAAAACUAUAGCUCUAAAAAAGGCAUCUAAAAUUUACAGACAAAGGCUUAAAUACUUUACUGGAGACGUGGAAAACCUUACCUCCCAAAUUAGAGAUCAGGAAGCCAAGCUGUCUGAAACAAUUUCAGCUUCCAAUGCCUGGAAAAGUCAUUAUGAGAAAAUUGUAAUAGAAAAAACUGAAUUGGAAGUUCAGAUUGAAACAAUGCAAAAGCAAGUUACGAAUCUUUUGGAAGACCUGAAGAAAAUGGAAGACGUUGGAAAAAAUUCAUGUGAAGAAAUUCUUAGAAAACUUCACUCAAUUGAAUAUGAAAAUGAAACCCUGAAUCUUGAGAAUACAAAAUUAAAGACUACACUUGAUGCUUUGAAGGAUGAGGUGGUUUCUGUUGAAAAUGAACUUUUAGAAUUGCAAGAAGUAGAAAAACAACAGAAGACCCUUAUUGAAGUAUAUAAAACUCAGAUACAAAAAUUGCAAGAAGCAGCUGAAAUGGUGAAAAGCAGAUGUGAAAAUUUGCUACGUGAAAAUAACCUAAUUACAAAAAACAAAAAUAAAAAAUUAGAGAAGUUGAGAGGCCAGACGGAGUCUCAUCUGCAGGAGUUAGAGCGCGUCCGCGAUUCCUUGAUGGCGGCGGAAGGGAGGCUUCACGAGUGUCAGGAGAGUCUGCAGCUCUGCAAGGGGAAAUGUGCAGACCAGGCGCACACCGUUAGCGAGCUGCAGGGCCAGGUUGAUGCAAAUCACAAUCUUCUGAGAAAGCUUUCUCUGGAAGAGGAAAAUUAUCUUAUUCAGUUGAAGUGUGAAAACCUUAAACAAAGAUUAGAACAGUUGGAUGUGGAAAAUAAAGAGCUUGAAAAGAAGCUGGCAAACCAAGAAGAAUGUCUUAAGCAUAGCAAUCUUAAGUUUAAAGAGAAAUCAGCAGAAUAUACAGCAUUGGCCAGACAGCUGGAAGCUGCUUUAGAAGAAGGAAGACAAAAGGUUUCUGAAGAAAUAGAGAAAAUGUCAUCUAGAGAGAGGGCUUUGCAGAUUAAAAUAUUAAAUCUGGAAACUGAACUUAGAAAGAAAAAUGAAGAACAAAAUCAACUUGUUUGCAAAAUGCACAGCAAAGCACAACACCAGGAAGUAUGUUUGAAGGAAAUACAACAUAGUCUUGAAAAGUCGGAGAAUCAAAAUGAAAGUAUUAAGAAUUAUUUACAGUUUCUUAAAACUUCUUAUGUAACAAUGUUUGGAUAAAUGGUUAUAUUUAUUUUCUAUAAGCAAUAGGAUUUUACUCUAAGUCUAAAACAUGAUUAGGUACAAAAAUAAUAAUAUAAUUUAUGGGUGGUAGUAGUAGAGUUUUUAUGAGGCUUUCUUAAAUACAGUUUAUUUUCCAAUUGCAACUUUAAAAUAAGAUACUGAUGUUAGUAUUCCUUUUUGCUGGAUAAUUUUCAUUUAGCUCUGGUUUAAUACCUAUUAAAAUUAUAUUGAUUUUUAGAAUGGUUUUCACACACACGAAAGCCAGAAUCAUUUUUUGUGACUGUAACCAUCAUUUAAGUGAAUUUGUAAUAAAUCUAGGCCAGUUAUGAGCCAAAUACAUGAUUUUGAAUAACAUAUAUAAUUGUUUUACUUUGUGGUGCUAUAUAUGUAUGUAUAAAAUCAAGGAAAAUAUUCUGGAUAUUAAUUGUUAAUAAUAGUAUAAUACAUACUUUCUAAAGAUACCAAAUGUCAAAUUAAUACUGUUUCAAGUAUGAUGCCAUUAUAAUUUCUGUGAGGAUUUUAAUAUAGAAUUUUAAAUCAUAGCUAUUAAAUGCCAGCUGAUGGUGACAGAUGAAAACACAUUGGCAUACAUUGUUUUUUAUAAAGAAUGGGCAUUUGGGCUUGCCUGUGAAUUUGUAGUCUCUUUUUUAAAUUAGUGAUUGUCUGGUAUUGUCACUGUAGACAUUCUAAAGCCCCUGAGGUAACUAAAAGAUUAAAGGGGAACAAGUUGUCCCGCCCCUUUCCAUGGCCGACUCCCUUGGGAUGACCAAAAUAAGCACUGUUAAUACCAAGAAGUUGUAGGAUGAGGUCUUUAUUAUUGUGGUGACAUAGAAGAGAUACUAAGAACUUACUGCCCCCAGUCUUCUACCCGAUGUGCCAAGAGGCAGGAUCCUCUAAAAGGGGAUUGAUGUUGUCAGCAAGGAAUCAGGUAAUAGUAGCUCCUUGCAGACAAUGGCUUGAGGGCUGUUUAUUGAAAGGGUCCUCAGGUCUCAAAAGAUCAUCCAGAGAAGCAAAUUGUAUACUACACAGUCCAGCCUAUGAACAGAGCCAUCUCCCCAAGACGUUUUAUCCUCUUCUCUGAACAGAAGUGGGAUCCUUCUUUUCUCUGGUCCCUCUCAGGGGGACCUAAGACUGCCCUAGGAUCUAUGGGAGCUACUUGUCAAUGACCCAACUGCUUAAUAGUAUUUUUCUUAAAAUAGCAUAAUAUGGUAAUUUCAGGAACUGGCCACAUUGUUUACUCAAUAAUUGCUAACAAUAUUAGUGUUGCCUUUUUUUUUUUUUUUUAAAUCAGAGUACUUUUACUAAAACACAUACUUGACCCUUGUGGUCCUUUCUUCAACUCCUAAGGCAAAGGGAGCUUUAAGAAAUACUCCGAUGAAAGGAAACUAAGGUUCUUAAGUAUUGCUCAUUAGACUGAGCUCUUGAAGGGCAGAACUGUACCUUAUUCCUAUUUCUAUUCUAGCCACUACACCAUAGCUAGUAUGUACCUAGAUGCUCCACUGCUGUUUGUGGAUAGACAGAUGGAUGGAUGUUGAAAGAGAAAGGUAUUCAUAUUCCUGUUUUACAUAUGAAAAAAAUGUAAGCAUAGAAGGAUUAACUACCAUAGCUAUGGUAUAAAACUCUUUAAUUUUAUUUUUUAUUUUUUUAUUUUUUUUAAAGAUUUUAUUUAUUU